AUGCACGCGAUAGCUCCAGCUUCCGAAACGUACUCCGUAAGGUCCAGCCAAAGAAGCGCCGGGUACAGAUCGUCGUUCCGACAACCCGAGCACAUUCCCUCGGAUACGGGACACGUGACCUUCUAGGAGCUUCUGCUGCCAAGAAAUCCGGAGAUGGAGAGAAAGGCCUGGAAAAUUUUCGAGACUUUGGCUUCAUCUCUCACCUUCCGACUCUUCUCAUCUCCUAUUCUCCCCAUCAUCCCUUCAUCUGCAUCCGUUCUGCUCCGGGAGCUUUGAUCGGACAGACUUCUUUGUGCUCAUUAAUAUUCGCUUUUGCCAUUGUUUUAAUUGUUCUUUUUCUCCGUUUCUCCCUUUCAACAUGCAGCGAGCUUUCUCUGCCAGGACCUCGGUCCUCUCUGCUGCUUCCAAGCGCACCCCCUUCUACAAGCCUGCUGGCCUCAACCUCCAGCAGCAACGGUUCGCCCACAAGGACCUCAAAUUUGGCGUCGAGGCUCGCGCUCAGCUCCUCAAGGGUGUUGACACGCUUGCUAAGGCUGUCCAAUCCACUCUUGGUCCCAAGGGUCGCAAUGUCCUGAUCGAAUCUCCCUACGGCUCCCCCAAGAUCACCAAGGAUGGUGUGACUGUUGCCAAGGCUAUUCAGCUCCAGGACAAGUUCGAGAACCUCGGUGCUCGUCUCCUCCAGGAUGUCGCUUCCAAGACCAACGAACUUGCUGGUGACGGUACCACCACCGCUACCGUCCUUGCUCGUGCCAUUUUCUCCGAGACCGUCAAGAACGUCGCCGCUGGCUGCAACCCCAUGGAUCUCCGCCGUGGUAUCCAGGCUGCUGUCGAGGCCGCUGUGGACUACCUCCAGCAGAACAAGCGUGAUAUCACUACCGGCGAGGAGAUUGCCCAGGUUGCUACCAUCUCCGCCAACGGCGAUACCCACGUUGGUAAGCUCAUCUCUACCGCCAUGGAGCGUGUUGGUAAGGAGGGUGUCAUCACCGUUAAGGAGGGUAAGACCCUUGAGGAUGAGCUUGAGGUUACCGAGGGUAUGCGCUUCGACCGUGGAUACACCUCUCCCUACUUCAUCACCGACGCCAAGUCGCAGAAGGUUGAAUUCGAGAAGCCCUUGAUCCUCCUUUCCGAGAAGAAGAUCUCUGCUGUCCAGGACAUCAUUCCCGCCCUUGAGGCCUCCACUACUCUCCGCCGCCCUCUCGUCAUCAUUGCUGAGGACAUUGAGGGUGAGGCUCUCGCCGUCUGCAUCCUGAACAAGCUCCGUGGCCAGCUCCAGGUCGCUGCCGUCAAGGCCCCCGGCUUCGGUGACAACCGCAAGAGCAUCCUCGGUGACCUUGGUAUUCUCACCAACGGUACCGUUUUCACCGAUGAGCUUGACAUUAAGCUCGAGAAGCUCACCCCAGACAUGCUUGGUUCCACUGGUUCCAUCACUAUCACCAAGGAGGACACCAUCAUUCUGAACGGUGAGGGCAGCAAGGACUCCAUUUCCCAGCGCUGCGAACAGAUCCGUGGCGUCAUGGCUGACCCCACUACCUCCGAGUACGAGAAGGAGAAGCUCCAGGAGCGUCUUGCUAAGCUCUCUGGUGGUGUUGCUGUUAUCAAGGUCGGCGGUGCCUCUGAGGUUGAGGUUGGUGAGAAGAAGGACCGUGUUGUCGAUGCUCUCAACGCUACCCGCGCUGCUGUUGAGGAGGGCAUCCUCCCCGGUGGUGGUACUGCUCUCCUCAAGGCCUCCGCCAACGGCCUUGAGAACGUCAAGCCCGCCAACUUCGAUCAGCAGCUCGGUGUGAGCAUUGUCAAGAGCGCUAUCACUCGCCCUGCCCGCACCAUUGUCGAGAACGCUGGCCUCGAGGGCAGCGUCAUUGUCGGCAAGCUGACCGACGAGUUCUCCAAGGACUUCUACCGUGGUUUCGACAGCUCCAAGGGCGAGUUCGUCGACAUGCUCGCUGCUGGUAUCGUUGACCCUCUCAAGGUCGUCCGCACCGCUCUCGUCGACGCUAGCGGUGUCUCUUCUCUGCUCGGUACCACCGAGGUUGCCAUCGUUGAGGCUCCUGAGGAGAAGGCUCCCGCUGCCCCUGCUGGUGGUAUGGGUGGUAUGGGCGGCAUGGGCGGCAUGGGCGGCGGCAUGUUCUAAACUGCUUAAUCCACCGCCUCAUGUACCCAUAUCAAUGCCUUUCUUGGUUUCAAGUUUUUAGAGGUUUUCCUUCGAGCGUGUCUUUGCAUACAAUGGGCAUACCAUGAUAUGUUUUGAGAUCUCUAUUUGUAUUAUUUUCCUUAUGUCUUUAAUGUGUUAUAUGUCUUGUAUUACUCAUCCUGACUUGCGACAAUACUCAUCCUACUAUACCUCAUGUUAUCACUACUCCGCACUCUUGGUUUAGGUCUUUUUCUAGCCAUCUCUCCACUCUACCUUAUUGGCACUAAAAGUCAGGGGACUCUGUAUUAUAUCCUCCCAUGAAAUAUCAAACAUGGUCAAUUUCAGUUGCUUUCAGUUACAGAAUCUCAUAUCUAGGCAAGCGUCACAAGCAUGUAGUAGUAACCUGAUCCUAUUCCCCCUCUUAAUGGACUGUAAAAC